AUGCUCGUGCUCGGGCGUGUUCCUAUGAUUGCGGUCGCCGUGGCCAUUGUCACUCAAGCCAGAGCUACUCUGGUCCACAGAGCAUCCUCUCGAGCCCGCCAAGAUGUACCCGGCAUCGCUCAAAGCUGCAGCGACCUUCCUGAUAGUCUCGAAGAGCUUCUCCUAGAGGGCCUCGGAAGCGAUGGUGUGCCGCUCGAGAUAAGCGAUACGUACGCUUUCCACUACCCCGCUGGGUCCAAUCCUACCGCUGAGAAACUCUACUCUGUCAUCCCCGAGACCUCUUUCGGUCCGAAGGACGACAAGGCGGGUGCCAUGUCUGUCUCUGCUGGAUUCGGCAAGAAGGCUGUCAUCGCGGAUGAUGGGUACGGAGAAGAAUCACGUGCUCCCUACAGCCAGAGCGGUGGUCUGCCGUCCUUCUGCCGAAUUGGAGGUAUGGUCAGCACGAGCGAGCAUAGUCGGGCCCACUUUGAGGUGUGGCUGCCUCUACCCGACACGAACGAAGAAGACGAGACCACGGACGACACUGUGCAGGCCGAAUCCUACUCGUCCGACCAGCAGAGUGAGGCUCAGGCCCUCAAAGCCAACUUCAAACGCGCGCCCACGUCCGGCUGGACCAAACGGCUCGUCUUUGUGGUCGGCGGUGGUCUGAGUGGCGCCAGUGCCUUUUCAGAGAUGAAGCAGACGAUGGCGCGAUACCGCGUCGCCGUGGCCAGCACCAAUGGUGGCCACUUCAGCGCGUUCGCUGGCACUAAAUGGCUGCCCGACAAUCCAGAGGGCUGGCUCCACCGAGCAAUCCAUCUUUCUACCAUGGUCGCAAAGCUUGCCGUAAGCAUCUUCUUCUACGGUGUUCCGCCCAGUACGAAGGGUAAAAACAAUGUCGUUCCAGAGAGCAAAUUGCACGUCUUCUAUAGCUACAUCAAAGGGUGCAGCACCGGAGGUAGAGCGGCCAUGGCAGAAGCGCAACGAUAUCCGCUCGACUGCGACGGUGUCCUAGCUGGCAGCCCCGCAAUCGAGUUCAACAAGCUCAAGGCGUACCAGGUGCACGUCAACACCUUUUUGGCUAACAACAAGAGCGAAGGGCAUUUCCCGCCUAGCGCCUACCCUAUGAUCCACAAGGCGGUACUACAGGCAUGUGAUGCGAGCGACGGUGUCGUCGACGGAAUCGUCUCGGAUCCUCGGUCGUGCAAGCCUGACUUUGCGAAGCUGAUCGGCUGCACCGGCAAAGGCACCGCGCCGAGCAGCGACAGCGUGGAGACCGCGCCCGAGUCUCUGAUCAAGCAUGCUAAGCGGUUCAAGCACAUCAUGCUGCCUAGACAGGUGUCGCCGCAGCCCGCUUCGGACCCUUCGGCACCUCUGGAGGUUCCUGGCGGAGGCGCAAGCAGCUCAAAAGACAGCGCACCACCGAAUCCCUCCGCGCCCACCUGUCUGACCGACCCGCAACUGCAAACGCUCUCAUCCAUCUACACGGACUACACGAUCUCCACCCGUCUCAUACGGGAAGCCGUUCUUCCCGGCAGCGAGAUGGGUUGGACCAUCUCCAACGCGAUCGUGGGCAAAAUUGGUGCCUCUCCCUCAGCCUGGUUCCACUAUCAAGUCCUCAACUCCACUUCCGACCUCUUCAUCUUCGACGCUGGCACGGCUAUCACACCCACCAUCAUCGACGCCGGCGAACGUCUCGAUGCAGGCCAAACAAUCACGUUCAUCCCUGACCUCAGCCGCUUCUUCGACGCAGGUGGAAAGCUCAUGCACUACCACGGACUGGCAGAUCCCCUUGUACCACCCCUCGUUUCGCCACGCUACUUCGAGCGGGUCCACGCUGUGGUGGGCGAAAAGGCGAGCGAGAGUUAUAAGCUGUACAUGAUCCCUGGCAUGCUGCACUGCAGAGGUGGAGCAGGGUGCUGGAACUUCGGCGGCGCAGGUCAGAUCGAGCCGGGUGCAAGGCCUCUCAGGGCGGAUGCGAAGCACGAUAUGUUGUUGGCGCUCAUGGAGUGGGUUGAGAAGGGAAGGGUACCGAAUGAGAUGGUUGGAACGGCAUAUAGGAGUGAGGAUGGUGGCGCGCCGAAGAGGAGCGAUGACAAGACGCCGUUUGGGAACGGGGUCAGGUUGACUAGGCCGCUGUGCGCGUAUCCCAUGCAGGCGAGGUUGAGGAGGGGCGGGAGGAGGGAUACGAGUGAUGCAAGCGCCUUCGAGUGCUCUUGA